GGAAAAUUCCUUUUUUUUUUCUUUUUUGUUAUCAUUAUUAUUCAAUUUUGUUUUUCAAUACUGCGAACAAAGAAAGAAUAUCUAGGGCAUCUUCUCUAACUCUGAGGGUUUCUAUUCCCGCCGGUUUUCCGGCUAAAUACCAGAGCGUGAAACGCAAAUUCAACUCGGUCCAAAGUUAUUCAAGGACGAUUUCCGUGGGCAUUUUUCUUCCAUGACAGUAUCUCCGGCCGUCUUCUUGGUCUGUUUCGUCGAUGGAUUAUAUAAAGCAUGAUAGUAGUGGAACUGAUGAAGAUACUCCACCACAAAAUAUUAACAGGAAUACCUGGAGGACACAUUUUUCUGCAAAUGUGAAGAUCCCAUCUGCAACAGUAUCUUGUGGAAUGGAUGCAACAGACAUGAAAUUACAAAUUCAUUGUAUAGAAACAGAAGCUUAUAGUGCCAUAUUAAAGGCUUUUAUUGCCCAAUCUGAUGUCCUGUCUUGGGGUAAAGAAGGGCUUAUGACUGAGCUGCGAAAGGAACUUAAUGUUUCAGAUUUGGAACAUAGAGAACUCCUUGUUAAAGUUGAUUCAGAUGAUUCAGUCAGAAUGAUAAGGGAAUGGCGUAAAGGCACUGCUGCUGACCAGAGGUUGCUCUCUAAUAAAAUGAAUCCUCCUGGUUCAGUUCCUAAUGCAGUGGGUCAUGCUUCCCAGAAAAGGUUGAAGACUUCUCAUUCUGCUGUUUCAUCAUCUCCAAAUUAUAUAUCUCACACUCAGUCUUCAGCAGCAGCUAUUCAUUCUUCAUCGACAAAACAUUUCAGAGAUGGCCAACGGGAUGGUGAAAUGGCUUCAUUCUCUGCUCAAGUAAAUGCUGGACAGUUGAUGAAAUCUGUUGGCCAUAAUCGAUUGGUACCUGGUAUGGGCAAAGGAAGAGCACCUGUCUUUCAGUCGAAGAAGGGUUUCCCACCUCCUGGUGUUGAUAAUGUUAAGAAAAGAUCUGAUAUAAUUGAAAUUCGUGCAACAGACAAGCUUAUUCGUGAGGUUGAGAGGGUGAUCUAUGGAGGGGAAGAAUCUGAUCCGGUUCAAGUAGAGAAGGCGAAGUUGAUCCUCAGAGAGCACGAAAGAGCCAUUGUUGAAGCACUCGAUAAACUUGCUGAUGUGUCAGAUGAUGAUUCUCCCGAUCAGCCACGGCAAAGGUACAUCCACAAGGAGAUGAAGAGGAAUGGACAUGGAAUGAGCCAUCAUGCCAUCUAUGGGCAGGGUAAUAGGCUUAAUGCCUCCUAUUAUGGUGAAGGUUUUGGUCAGGAGCGCACUGACAGAGCAGGCAUCCCUUGUGUCGAUUUACAAGAGGGGACUCCUACCCCUUAAUUGUUGUCUUGUGUUGAUUUCUCGGGUGCAAGGUGAUGUGGCUUGUAGAUAUGACAUGCAUACACGUACACUUUGUAUCCUAGAUCUAUGUAUGUCCUCAUUCAUGUAGAUUCGGAGUGCAUUUCAUAUAGGCUUUUUAUCUUUUAUUCUUCUCUUUCUUUACUAACUACUGAUAGCUUGGUACAUGCCUGGUCAAUGCUAAUCUGCUUUUUUGAUUGCCUUGUCUGUGUCGAUGCUAAUUUGCUUUUGUAAUUUUCUCUUGUUGCAUAUACGGGCUGUAGAUAUCAAAAUUUCCAUUCUUUUC